CCCAGCCUGCUGCUGCUGCUGCUGCGUCCUCACACUGACUGCACCUCCCAAAAAAACAGCAACAAAAAGAGGAUUUCCCCGCCACAGGAGGAGCAGGAUUUCCUCUUCUUUUGGCCUCACUGGAAGCUCUUCAUCUAUCUGGCCAUGGAAGCCGUACUAGGAUUGGGACAUGCUGGUUGGAACUCCCUCCCCUCCUGUGGGUGUCCUCCUCGGGCUCCAAAGACCAGCGUCCUCUGGCUGCUGUGGACUCUGCUGACCCACGUGUGGGCUUUCAACUUGGAUACUACUCACACCCUGCACAAACUGGGUGACCGUGGGACCUUUUUUGGCUUCUCUCUUGCACUUCAUCAGCAGCUUACACCAGAACCUCAAAGCUGGAUCCUGGUCGGGGCGCCACAGGCAGCAGGUCAGGGUCCCUUGCGGGGCAGUCGACCGGGAGCCCUAUUCAAGUGUCCAAUCACACCAGAGGAGUAUGACUGUGAGAGGGUGGACAUUGAUGGUGAAGUGAGUCUAAGCAGAGAGAACAAAGACAACCAGUGGCUGGGAGUCACCGUCAAGAGUCAGGGCAUUGGAGGCAAGGUGGUGACUUGCGCUCACCUCUACGAGCUCAGGCAACGUGUGCACCAACCCUCGGAGACACGCGACCCGAUUGGACGCUGCUACGUCCUGAGCGAAGACCUGACGGAGCGAGAUGACCUGGACGGAGGGGAGUGGAAAUUCUGUGAGGGUCGGCCGCAGGGUCACGAGCAGUUUGGAUUCUGUCAGCAGGGUCUUGCCGUCAGUUUUACCCCAGACAACAACUUCAUUCUGUUUGGGGCGCCCGGGACCUACAACUGGAAAGGUGAAAUGCGCGUGCAGCUGCUAAACCAGACUCUGCUCGACCUCGGUUUCUAUGACGACGGACCCUACGAGGUGGCAGAUCAGAAACAGCUAAAUGCCCAGCUCAUCCCUGUGCCCUACCACAGUUACCUGGGGCUCUUGUUCAUGGCUAGCCCCGUUGAAGAUGCUCUGCUGUACAAAACUCUGGAGCCCUCCAGGAAGCCUACAGCCUUUGAGGAUGUAGCCCAUAAUAGCUACUUAGGCUUCUCUGUGGACUCGGCCGUGGGAAUAAUGAACCUCGGGGAGCUGACCUUUGUGGCAGGUGCACCCCGGGCCAAUCAUACGGGGGCGGUGGUGCUGCUACGUAAAGACAACGUCUACCGCUUGGUGCCGGAGCACAUUUUCUGGGGGGAGGAGCUGGCGUCUUCCUUCGGAUACUCGGUAGCGACCACCGAUCUCAACAAUGACGGCUGGACCGACCUGAUUGUGGGUGCUCCGAAUUUCUUCGACCGCAAAGCAGAGAUUGGCGGCGCCGUCUACGUGUACCUCAACCCCUUUGGUCACUGGGACGAUCAGGCUCGGCCCAUCCGUCUCAACGGGACGUACGAUUCCAUGUUUGGCAUGACGGUCAGCAACAUAGGAGAUCUGGACCAGGAUGGAUACGGAGAUAUCGCCGUUGGAGCUCCAUUUGAUGGAGACGGCAAGGUGUUCAUCUACAGGGGUUCAGAUGCGGGGAUUGAAACAAAACCUGCUCAGGUCCUGGAUGGUCGAGACUUUGAUGUGAGGCGUUUUGGAUACUCUAUCUCAGGUGGCCUGGACAUUGAUGAGAACCACUAUCCAGACAUCGCCGUGGGCUCCCUCAAUAAUUCCGUUGUGCUCUUCAGGUCUCGUCCAGUCAUUCACGUGAUCCGAGAGAUAUCUAUCGACCCACAGUACAUUGAUCUGGCCCAGUACAACUGCAAGGGCAGAGAUGGAGUCUGCAUCGAAGUUAAGGCCUGCUUCAUCUUCACCGCCCACCCAGUCCACUACUCACCUCAUAUAACCCUGGUGGUACGCUUUGAAGCUGACACCGAGCGCAGGAAAUUGGGCCUGCCGCACCGUGUCAACUUCCUGGGUCGCAGUUCCCUGGAGCCCGAGUACACUCAGACCGAGGAAGUGGAGUUGCAUCGCCAGAAGCACCCGGCGUGCACCACAGCUGUUUUCCAGCUCCAUGAGAACAUCCGAGACAAGCUGCGCCCCAUUUCCUUGGCCAUAACCCACACCAUCAAACCUGUGCCUCCUCGCAGACACUCGGGAUCCAAGAGGCUGGAGAGACUGCCUCCCGUGCUCAACGUGUCCCCCUCCAACACGCUGCACUCGGAGGUGAACUUCCUACGUGAAGGAUGCGGCGCCGACAAAAUCUGUCAGAGCAACCUGAAGCUGAGCUACCGCUUUGGAACGCGACCCCUGACCUCUGACGUUUUCACCCCCCUGCCAAAGGACGAGGAUGACGUCCAGGUGUUCUCCUUGUCCGACCAGCGCCUUGUGGUGCUGGAGAUCACCGUCACCAACAUGCCCUCUGACCCUCUCAACCCCGAGGAGGACGGGGACGACGCCCAUGCCGCCCAGCUGCUCAUCUCGCUUCCAAAAACUCUGUCCUACUCCGGGUCCAGGGUGCCCUCCCAGAUGAGGUGUCAAGCCAACCAGAAUGGCUCUGAAGUAGAAUGUGACCUUGGGAACCCUGUCAAACGAAACACCAAGUUAAAAUUCUCCAUCAACCUGAGCACCGCCAACAUCACCAUCGAAACCACAGAGUUAACUGCCGAUCUCCAGCUGACGACAAUCAGUGAGCAGCCUGGCUUGGUGCCGAUCACUGCAAUGGCGAAAGUAGUGAUAGAGCUCCCCCUGUCUGUCAGUGGGCUGGCGCGUCCUCACCAGUUGUUCUUCAGCGGGGCCGUUAAGGGCGAGAGCGCCAUGAGCAGCCUGGAGGACGUGGGCAGCCCUGUUGACUUUGAGUUUGUGGUGGCCAAUCCAGGCCAGACUCUGCAAACACUUGGCUCCGCCUUCCUCAACAUCCUGUGGCCUCACGAGCUGGCCAACGGGAAGUGGCUGCUGUACCCGGCCAGCUUGAACUUCGAGGGUCAUUCGGCCUCUCACUGCACUCCCAUGGGGGCUGUGAACCCUCUGGGUCUGCAUGAACCCUCACCUGUGGAACCUCUGCAGGCUGUCAAUCACACAGCUGGACGAGCACGCCGCUCCCACCCGGACCACGAAGGUGAAGAGAUGACCAAAGGCAGCGUGAGGCGCACCUCUCCAGCCGUGGCCGCGUCAGAGAGGCGCAAGUCGCUUAAACUGGACUGUCUCCUGGGGUCAGCACGCUGUGUUCUCUUCCAGUGUCCCCUCCACAGCUUCUCCGGUCAGGCGAUGCUCAGCAUCCAUGGCAGGCUGUGGAACAGCACCUUCAUCGAGGAGUUCCCAGCAGUCAGCGCUCUGGAGCUACUGGUCAGAGCGGAAAUCACUGUGAAGUCCACCAUCAAACAUCUGGUCCUCAAGGAUGCUGCUGCGCAGGUUCCAGUGAUGAUCUAUCCAGAGCCUGGUCUAGUGGACCAGUACUCCAUCCCCUGGUGGAUCAUCCUCAUUGCAGUCUUGGCUGGCAUCCUCCUCCUGACCCUGCUGGUCUGCAUAUUGUGGAAGUGUGGUUUCUUCCAGCGGGCCCACCUCAAAGACAAGCUGCCUCAGUACCACGCCGUGAAGAUCCCCCGCCAGGACCGCCCCCAGUUCCAGACGGAGAAGUCUGGCCUUCAUACAAAAAAGGAAUGGGCCACACACUGGAGCGACGGGACCUCAUAAGUCCCGCCCACCACCUUUACAAAAUGUGUCAUUGUGAUUGAAACUAAUGGACUAAAAUAAAUGUGCGGCUUGGCACCCCCCCAGUGACAAAGACGGAAUUACGUGAGGAUGUCACAAUCUGCCAUCAGUGUGUAUGGACACACGGACAAGUACUAGAAGAAUCGAUAGUGACGAUGGUGAAGAGGCCACUUCCUGUGGCAAGGACUACUUUUUUUUUGCCUUAAUUGCUGUAGGACUGACUACCCGUACGGGAUAUUUUUUUAUACAACUGAUCUCUCUUAGCUUAGGCGUUGGAAAAUGUGGCGUCGAGUUUUUAGUUGCCAACCAAACUUUUUUUUUAAAUUGUGGGAAAUGUCGUUCAAAAUCGACAAUAGUAGCAGUUUCCUGUGACCUAGAAGCGACUUUGUGCGCUGUCACUCAGCCACACGCUGUCCUGCAUUCAGGUAAUUUCCAGCGUCUGUUGUGAUGUAUGUCGGACAGUGACAAAUGCGAAGUGUCGGAUGUUGAAUUUGACAUACCUCGGUUAUGACUCACUUAGGCUAGGUGGAAAAUUACCAGGUUGACUUUGACGUUUUGUGCCAUUUAUACAAAACAGCAACACAGAAAAAAGAUAAAAGAUGAACGCAUGCCAAAUUGUGUGAAAGGGGCUAAAGUCAUUUACGGGUGCUAAACUUCACACCCCUGUCCCGGCAUUGUGGAAUUCCCUUACACACAGGUGUUGUCCCGCUUCUUUUAUGGCUCUGAAACGACCUCAAAAAGGUGUAAAGUUGCCAGGUUGACCUGCGUCACGUUUCGUGUCAGUGCUGUUUAUACAGAACAGUGACACAACAAAAAGGCAGAAAAAGGCCUGCUUUAACAGGCUAGGUGGGGCCAUUCAUCUGAACAGCAACAACUGCUUUCAACACAACAGGCCGGGAGAUUCAAGUCUGUGGUUGCCAGCUUUUACAGACUGUGUGAAAGGGGCUAACGUCAUCUACGGGUGCUAAACGUCACGCCCCUGUCCCGACAUUGUGGAAUUCCCUCACACACAGGUGUUGUUCCGCUUCUUUUAUGGCUCUUAGACGACCUCAAAAAGGUGUAAAGUUGCCAGGUUGACCUACGUCCUGUUUCGAGUCAGUGCUGUUUAUACAGGAGAGUGACACAGAAAAAAAAGCAGACCUAGAGAAGCACUCGGAGAGCACAGACCUCCGCCAAGCACCAUAGUUCCCCCCCACACCAAAAUAAUCAUCCCACAUUUUUUGGAUCAGUCUUUGAUAUUUUGUACAACCCGUUAGAAACUUUGCCUGUAUUUUUUUUUCCAAGCGCUCUGACCAUUUUUUGUGGUGGCACAAAUGCCAAAAAUGGUCCUAUCUCGCAAUGUCAGAGAAUCCUUUAAAAAAUUCCUGCAUCCAGACGGUGAUCCGGAUCGCCCCCAAAAUUGAAUCAGCUCUUCCAUAUCCCGUUUCCGACAAUUCAUCCCAUCCAAAUCCAUUCAGAACUUUUCAAGCUAUUUUUACCAGACAAACAGAUAAACGAAAACAUAACCUCGCCCUUUGCGCUGCGCUUGGCGGAUAAAAAUGCCUGCUGUUUCCGGCUGUGCGAAGAACAGCAACAAUAGCUUCUGCACACACAAGUACAAGACUUAAGUGUCUGGUGUGAAAGGGGUUAAAGCCAUUGAUUCAGAAGGAAAUCCUUUAAACGUUCAGGGGAUUAUUAUGCAACAUCAAAGCAAAAAACAACACAAACGACUCUAAUGUUGACUGACAUAAGUCGACGAGGCACAUGAGGUCAAAGUUCAAAUCAGUGCAUGUUUGUUUUGGCCCGUUUUCUACACUUUUCAACAAGUACUCGUACAACCUAUGGGGUUAUUUGUCUCUGUCACAUAAAUUUUCAAUGGUUUAAAUGUCGGAAUGUGAGAUGUUUUGUUUUAUCUUCAAUCCAAGACAACACUGCCGUCUAAAAGAGGCACAUUUUUAUUUUGUAUUAAUGUAACGUUCAAGAUCUCAUGUCGCGUACGUCGAUAUUUGGCUAGCCGAUUGAGGGGUUUAUUGCCGUCAUGGCGGCGGCCAGAAAAAACAAAUAUGUCCGUCCUAAACUGUCAUCUGUAGAUCGGGGUUUGACAGUUCAGAUGCGCAGUGUUGAAUAGGUAUCCUUGCUCAGUGCAAACACUGGUAUAUAUGAGGUUUUGAUGUUUUUAACUGAGUUGUACGGCAAAAAAAAGAAACUUUUAUGCGUGAUUGUAUCAACCUGCUUGUCACUAAUUGUAUUUGUUCAACAGACAGUGAAUUGCAUGCAAAGUGCCUUAAGCAUCCAAGCACACAUGUUGUGAGGUUGUGACAUCAUGCGCGAGUGACGUGUUGGAUGGAUGACACGGAGGCAAAAAGCAUGACGAGUCCCCGCUUGUGUUUUUAGGUAUUGCUGGACAAUCUUCUUCAGUCCCUCUUGGCUGCAUGAUGAAACCCCCCAAACCCCUACUAAUGCCCUCCUUUAUCCACUGUCACGAGUCAGCAAUUUAUUUAUUUUUGUGUGUGGUGGCAUUGUGUGGUAACAUUGUAAAUACAAAUUAAAGGAAACAAACUAAGACUUUCACAAAGUGUCUGCUAUUAGACACAACACAAUCGAAUUGUUCAUUUUUUUUCCCACA